AUGCCCACCCUGUCGGUGUUCACGGACGUGCCCCCAGCCCAGAAGCUGGAGGGCAGCCUGUUUAAGACCUACAAACAGGAUGACCACCCCAACAAGAUCUUCCUGGCCUACAGAGUCUGCAUGACCAGCGAAGGCCACCCCUGGGUGUCCCUUGUGGUGCGCAAGACCCGGCUGCAGAUCGCACAGGACCCCUCGCUCAACUGCGAGUACUUGCCCACCAUGGGCAUGAAAUCCUUCGUCCAGGCCUCCUUGGAGCUCCUCUUUGGAAAACACAACCAGGCUAUGGUGGAGAACAGGAUAGGAGGAGUGCACAUCAUUGGUGACAGCGGUGCCUUCCAGCUCGGGGCCCAGUUCCUCAGAAACUGGCACAAGGAUGCACAAGUGGUUUGCAUUAUCUCCUCUCAGAAAGAGCUGCAUGGACUCGUCUUCCAGGACAUGGGCUUUGCGGUGUUUGAGUAUUCCAUCUGGGACCCCCAGCAGCUGUGCAUGAGCUCCCACAGCUUCCUCGACAUAGUGGAGCAGGUCCCACGCGGCUGCGUCCUUGUGAUCGGCAAUAUCAUCGACUGUAAAUUGACGCACAGCCAGUGGACAAAGGUGGUGUCCAUCAUGAAGAGCAAGCGCAUCUUCCUGUUUCUGGACGCCCCUUGCCAAGGUUUCUACACGGGAGACCUGGAACAAGAUGUGAGGAUCUUACGGUUCUUUGUGUCUCGAGGCUUCGAGUUCUUCUGCAGCCAGUCGCUGUCCAAGAAUUUCGGCAUUUAUGAUGAAGGCGUGGGGAUCCUGGUCGUGGUGGCAUUCAACAACCAGUGCCUGCUGCGUGUCCUCUCUCAUCUGAGCAGCUACGCGCAGGCCCUGUGGCUCAAUCCUCCAUCCAUGGGGGCUCGCAUCAUCACCUCCAUCCUGUGCAACCCAGCCCUGCAGGAAGGAUGGAAGCAGAGUCUGAAAGGGAUCAUGGAGAGCAUCAUGUUGAUCAAGGAGAAGGUGAAGGAGAGGCUGCGGCUGCUGGGAACCCCGGGCUCCUGGGAUCACAUCACUGAGCAGAACGGGACCCACGGCUACCUCGGCCUCACCACCCAGCAGAUAGACUACCUGGUUAAGAAGAAGCACAUCUACAUCCCCCGGAACAGCAGGGUCAACUUCACCUGCAUCAAUGCCAACAACAUCGAGUAUAUCACUCAGAGCAUCCACGAGGCUGUGCUGCUCACCCACGCCACCAAGGAGGAUCCCCAAGCAAAAGACCUCCGGGUCCAAUAA